AUGAACGUUGAUUUAUCGAACAAGUCUAUCAACGAGUUGAACUUCGAUGCACAAAACUCCUCACCGGAGGAGUUGUUGGCAGCCGCCCGUGUAGUUAGGCUGACGGCCAGCCACAACUAUAUUAGCAAUAUAGUUGGACUUGGAGCUUUAUUCCACCAACUCACGCACCUUGACUUGUCCCAUAACAAAUUGGGGUGUAAUGGAGCUGGCCGUAUGUCUGGGGAAAGUGACCACAGGACCCCGUGGUUGAGUACGUUACCAAGGUCAUUACGUGUGCUCAACUUAUCACACAAUCACUUGCGUGGCUUUUCGCUUGAGUAUAAUUUAGGUGACCGGAGCUGUAGUGAUGGGAAUGAAUCUCCUGACACCACUGUGGUCAUGGGCGUGGACGGCGGGUUAAGUCGCUUGCGGGGCUCAAGUCCAAUUAAUGUGGCACUUUUCUUUAACCGCCGACUUUUUCCUCACCUCUCGGAGCUCGACUUGUCACACAAUGACCUGCAACAGACGCUGGAAGACAGCGAUGUUAUUGAAGAGUUGUGGCAUGAGAGUGUGGAGUUGCCGAUGAGCUCGGUGUCUAGUGAUGCUGAAAAGGCCGCUUGGGUACAAUGCACCACUUCUGCCAUCGUGGUUCUUCAGCUUGAUGGCAACGCAAAGCUCGAGUCUUUGAAUGGUGUACUUUGCGGAAUGGAAGGAUUGUUGUUUCUUCACGCGGCUCAAUGUGGGAUCGCCGAUCUGACAGCUGUGUCAUCUGCAGCAACAGCGUGUCCAAAGCUUCGGGAUAUCGAUUUGCGCGGUACUCCUUUAAGUGAAACGUUCCUGCAGGCCCCUCGGGAGGCUGUGGCGACUUUCACAGAGAUAUUGCUAUUUCCUGCGUUGCUUGCCUCAAGAGGAGGCGUCAGAAGGAGAGAACAGCGGCAUGAGGAUGAGGAGGAGACACGGCACGGCCUUAAGGAACUUGUGAAAGAAAUUGUACAACAUCAUUUGCAUGAAAUGGAGGCUUCUGUAGAGCGACAGCAGAGUUCUGCGGAAGGCAACAUCAGAAACAGCGGUGGAGGAGGGUUACGAUUGGUGCUGUAUGCAUCGCUACUGCACCAAGUAUUGCCUCAGGUUAUUGAAAUAGACAAUGGCAUAGAGGUGGGCAGAAUGAAGCGGCUGUUUACCGAGGCCGCACGUGACGUCCUUCAAAAUUUUAUUGAAAAUGGUAAUAGCAUUGAAAAAACCCGUGACCCCAUGAUGUCACCGAGGCACUACAUCAGUCCACCGCGAACACUUUCUCCUGUGGAGGAAAAGGACAUGACAGUUUGGCGUGACCCCACAUCUCAGCUGAAUGUCGAUGGCGUCGCACCGUCGGAGCCCCCACAGGGGCGAUCCUGUUUGGGGAAAAGGGGGGCGGAUGUCGCCAGAAGUCAACUUAUUCAGUCCCCAACUACGGCAGCGGUCUCCGGUCAUUGUCAUCUGACAUCGCCACCGUUGCCACCAUCUCCACUGAAAUCCCCAACGGAUAAGCGUCGUCCACUUUUGACUCCGAAGCGCGAAACCUUUGAAGAUAGACGCCCACUUAGGUCGCCGACCGAAAGGGAUACGGCUGUUGCGACACCAGACGCUGCAGAGGCAGCCGACUCGCAAUAUAAUCGACAUUCCGAGUUUGUGUCACGUGGCGUGGUACCGGUUGUUUCGCCGCGGUCGGAUAAACGUAGUAGCGAUAGCUCUAAAAGAGAUUAUCAGAGGGUGGACAGCCUUGAGCGUCGCACUGGAGUGAACCAAACUGGUGUUAGGAGGGGCAGCAGCACCAACAAGUGUGGUGGUGUAGAAACAAUGAACGGGAUUCUUAACGGCAGCGAGAAGCUUGCUGGUAAGGAAAGAUAUUGUCGAGCAUUCAACCCCUUGUCGCCAACGGCUGCUGCAGGCCCUCCUCUUGCUCCUACGAGGGAUGUGUCUAACAGCAGUAGUUUUGACGACGGUCGGUCCAGUGUUCGAUAUCUCCAAGCUGUGGCUUCACUCACCCCCAUGCUUGAGCAUCGACUACGCACAUCUAGCCCGUUAGAUAGUCCUUCAACAGUGAAUGACCACAGCCGGCAGUCGAAUGACACUAACGAGGGGCAGAGCAACAGCAGUAGCCACCAGCACUGUAACAACAAUUUUUCAUCUGCUUCAAGUUCUACAUUUACUACGGUGAACUCUACUCGGGAAAAACUUCUUCAGCAAGCCCAGGCAUUAGAGCAGUCUUUGAUUCGCUCGCAGGAUCGCCAGAGGGGCCUCCACAACACCGUCACAGAGUUGACAACCCAACUAAAACAGCACCGUCAACUCAUUAAGGAUCAACGCCAAGAGGCCAUGCGACUUCGCCAGGAACGCGAUCGCUUAGUUGACGUCAUUAAGACUGCAAAGCGGCGCUUGGAGAAGCGGCAAAAGGAUGUAGCGUACGGUGCCACGGCGCUGAAGCGACGUGAGACAUUGGAGCAGCAGAAAGCGGUGAUGCAGCGUCUAGUGAAAGAAAAAAAGAGGUUGCAAGAACAAGAGCGCCGGUUACGGGAGUCGAUGGCGGUUAGUUUGGAAUCUGACACACCGGUCCUUGAUUCAUGUUCGCGGCAUCUAUCCCCUGAAAACGGGAGGAACAGGCAACCACCUCAAAUGAAGAAGACGCGGUCAGAUCUUCUUCGUGAGAAUGCGGUGCGUUUGCGCAUGGAGGCGGCGAAGAAAGAAGAACCUUUAGCUUACGACCCGCGUAAGUUCCGCCGCAACGAACACUCAGCAAUUAAUGGAACUGAGGGUACGUUGCCGUGCGAUGUCACCCCUGUUUCGUUGCAUACGGACUCUGGGAAGCGCUAUGAUAUAACCGGUAGCAGUAGCAAUCGGGAAAGCACUGAUGAAGCUUGUCGAGGAGUCAAACCUUCGAACGGGAGAGAGGCAAGUUUCUCUUCAGGGGGUAGCUCCUGGCACCCAAGGCACGGGUCACGGGGACCUCGUUUGCCGGGGUCUUUGUACCAACAAGGUUGUGAUCCGUACGCGGUGGAGGAUGGCGAAACCCGUGAUGAUUCCACUGGAAAGGGCGAUGAGAUCCGCAACGAGUGGCUGCAAAAUAUGUCCCUACAAUCCCUUUUUGACGCCGCAGUCAGUAUGCAGAGGCAGCGGCUACUCACGAAGCAGUUGACUCGCAAAAAAAUUUCCGAGGCACGUGACGACGAGCACAGGGAAACUUGUGAUACGUCCAACCCUCCCGCUUCUGCAACAGAACUUGCCAGCCACCACUACCGUGCUCCUACAGGAAGUACAGGGGGGCCUGCACUAUAUCGUACCGUCAUUGAGCCAUUUCACGAUAUAUCAACCGGUAAUCUUAGUCGCAGUGGUGGGGGUAGAAUAUCCGUACGAAGUGGUGAAGGUUCCACGAUAGGUGAUGCCGUCGGUAAGGGAGAAGUUAGUGCGAGAGGAGACGUUGAUUCAGGUGCUAACUCGCAAAACUCUGACGACGACAGGGGACUAAAUGGCGCUGAUGUGCUGUCUCGGCUGGUGCAUCCCCAAAACACUGAAGGCUGCAUAUCUUCCGUAUCUUCUCGCGCGGACUCUUCUUCUGUGGCGGAGCAUCUUUCUGUGGAUGCAUGUAGUAUCUACGCGGAGAUACUAAAACAGCAACAACAACAACAGCGGUUGCUACUGCAGCGCAGUCAGGGCCCACAGUCUACUGAACGAGCAUUUCCUGUGGAAAUGGGAGCAACUUAUCCGACAACCCCAACUAAGGUGGAGGGCCUUCUGCAAAAUCAAAAAGCGGGGUAUACAAAUCAAAGAGCUGACAACCGUGUCACUGGACACAGCAGUGAUGAUGGGGGUAGUGAGGAAUACACUGUCUCUGAUUUCGCUCAGCGCCCAGUCUUCAUUUAA